AUGGCUGAUGCGAAUGGUAACGGGACUGGUGUGGGGCACGAGUCCAUCAACACCGAUAUUGUCACUCUCACCAGGUUCCUAACGGAGGAGCAAACAAAGCACCCAGAGGCCACUGGAGACUUUACUCUGCUGUGCCAUGCCCUUCAAUUCUCCUUCAAAUCAAUUGCCUACUAUAUUCGACGUGCUAGUUUAAUCAACCUAACCGGCCUUGCCGGCUCCUCAAAUACUACCGGUGAUGACCAGAAGAAGCUCGACGUUAUUGGAAAUGACAUCUUCGUUGCUGCCAUGCGGGGUUCAGGCAAAUGCCGUAUUCUAGUCUCAGAAGAGGAAGACGAGGCUAUCCUAUUCAACGACUCUAAAGAUGCCCGAUAUGCCGUUGUUUGCGACCCCAUCGAUGGCUCCUCCAACCUCGAUGCCGGUGUCUCUGUUGGCACCAUCUUCGGUAUUUUCAAGCUUCCCGAGUCCACCCUCGCAGCAGACUACACCGUUUCUGCCAAGGAUGUCUUGAUGCCCGGAAGCGAGCUUGUUGCCUCUGGUUUCACCAUGUACGGCGCCUCAGCGCAGCUUGUUAUCACCAUGAAGGGCGGCACCGUCAACGGCUUCACAUUGGAGAACUCUCUCGGAGAAUUCAUCCUUACUCACCCCAACAUGCGCCUCCCUCCCAAGCGUGCCAUUUAUAGUGUUAACGAGGGUAACUCUAUGUACUGGGAGGAGUGGGUCAAGACAUACUUCCAUGAGCUUAAGUUCCCUCCAAACAACGGCAAGCCUCACAGCUCCCGCUACAUUGGCAGCAUGGUUGCAGAUGCCUACAGAACGCUUCUCUACGGGGGUAUUUUUGCCUAUCCUGCCGAUUCUAAGAGCCCCAAGGGCAAAUUGCGAAUUUUGUACGAAUGUGCUCCCAUGGCUAUGGUUUUCGAGAACGCUGGAGGCCAAGCAGUCGACUCGAAGAUGCAGCGACUUCUUGACGUCAUUCCUGAAUCUAUCCAUGACCGAAGCGGUAUUUUCUUGGGCAGCUAUGAUGAGGUUCAGAGAGUUAUCGACACUCACAAGAAAUUUGUCAAUUAA